UCAUUUCCUCUGCUUCAAUGUCGGCCACAUGCAAUAUGGCCAGAGAGCUAAUUAACAAAGAAAGUUGGUUUCCGCCAAUCAUAUUCUUACAAAUGCAGCAAGAAAAUGUUUUUGGGUAAAGUGAUUUCCGACGUGUUUGAAUAACGUCCUCUCAUUCAUUUAUUUUACCAAUUUCUCAUUAAUUUCUUUACUUCGCGGUAAAUGGAAAUUCAGUUUUAGCGUUGAAGCAAAAGAGGGCUUGUAAUCUUAUUUCUCUUCACUAUUCUUCAUCACUUUUGCUUCAUUUCCUUUGAUUCCUUCCAUUACAAAGCAGAAACCAUGGCUGAGCUUGCAGGCAUAUUUCUCUCCCCACUCCUCCAAGCGUUUUUUGAAAGGGUGGCAUCUGGUGAAUUUGGUGACUUUUUUCGGCGACAAAAACUCGACCAAACACUCUUGAACAACCUGAAGACGGCUUUGCGAUCUGUGAAUGCUGUGUUUGAAGAUGCAGAGGAAAAACAAGUGACAAAUCCCUACGUGAAAGAAUGGCUCGAUGAGUUGAAAGAUGCUGUCUAUGAUGCAGAGGACAUCUUGGAUGAGAUUGAUACCGAAGCCAUGCGCUGCAAGUUGGAUGCUGAAUUUCUUACCACUACACGCAAGGUACGAAAAGCCAUCUCUCAUUCUCUUAAAGUACCAUUUGACAAGAAAAUAGAACCAAAGAUAAAAGAAGUGCUUAAAAGAUUGAAGAAUCUUGUAGAACAAAAGGACGUUAUAGGUCUAAAAGAAGGCGUUCGAGGGAAACCAUCCGAAAGAUUGCCCACAACUCCUUGGGUUGAAGAAUCUGGUAUUUGUGGUAGAAAAGAUGAUAAGGAGAAAAUAAUUAAUUCCAUGUUCUCAGAUGAUGUAAGUGGCAAUAAGAUGUUUCAUGUGAUUGCUAUUGUCGGUAUGGGGGGACUCGGCAAGACCACCCUUGCUCAGCUUGUAUUCAAUGACGAGAAAGUGAAUGAAUAUUUUGACUCUAAAGCAUGGGUUUGUGUUUCGGAUGACUUUGACGUCGUUCAGGUAACAAAAAAAAUUCUAAAGGGAGUAUCUGUUAAUUGUGAUGGUGAGACUGAUCUACAAUCGCUUCAAAGUAAGCUCAAGGAGAGUUUGACGGGAAAGAAAUUUCUACUCGUUUUAGAUGAUGUUUGGAAUGAUAAAUAUAUGAAGUGGGAGGCCUUAAGUAAACCCUUCGGAUUUGGAGCACAAGGGAGCAGAGUUUUGGUAACCACACGUGAAGAAAAAGUAGUAUCAGUUAUGCAAACUGAUUUCAGAUACAAUCUGAACCCACUACCAGAAGAAGAAUGUUGGUCACUUUUUGUAAGAAAAGCGUUUCAAGGCAAUAUCUCCGAUAUGCAUCCAGAGCUAGAAGAAAUUGGAAGACAGAUCGUGGAAAAAUGCAAAGGUCUACCUUUAGCUGUCAACACAAUUGGAUCUCUCUUGUGGUCUAAAGUAGAUGUUGAAGAUUGGAAUAGAAUAUUAAAGAGCGAGGUAUGGGACAUGACGACUGAAAUUAUUCCUGCUCUAAGAUUAAGUUAUACACAUUUGCCCUCACAUUUAAAGCGUUGCUUUGCUUAUUGUUCUAUAUAUCCAAAAGAUCAUAUUUUCGGGAAAAAGGAAUUAGUCUCAUUGUGGAUGGCAGAAGGUCUAUUACAAAAGUCUAAAGGCAAAACAAUGGAGCAAGUCGGUGAUGAUAACAUCGUUGAUCUGGUAUCGAGAUCGUUAUUAUUUCAAGAAUCAAGUACUUCUUCAACAUUCGGAAUGCAUGAUCUUGUCAACGACUUAGCAAGAUUUGUGUCUGGGCAAUUUAUCUUUAGACUGGAGGGUGGAAAUUCGCUCCAAGUUACGAACAAGAUUCGCCAUUUAUCAAUUGUUGAUGAAAGCUUGGAAAACAUCCCAAAGACGAUGUUAGAGGCACUUUACGAGGCCAAGGGAUUGCGCACUUUUCUCCCAAUAACAGAUGAUUGGAAUGGAUUAAUCUUAAUCAAAAAAUUCGCACAUGAUCAUUCGUUGCCCAUGUUUAGAUUCUUACGAGUGCUUUCCUUUGCAGAUGAUAGCAAUUUGACUGAGUUGCCUGAUUCAAUUGGCAAAAUUAGACAUCUACGAUAUUUGGAUCUGUCUUGGACAGGAAUUAGAAAACUACCUGAUUCUAUAUGUAAAUUGUGCAAUUUGCAAACAUUGAGAUUACGGGUGUGUGAGAAUCUUACUGUAUUACCUAGAGAUAUGCAUAAACUCAUUAGUUUGCGUCAUCUUGAAUUAGGAGGAAGUGCCAUAACGGAGAUGCCGUUACAUCUGGGUAGACUAAAAUGUCUACAGACUUUGGAUAUAUUUGUUGUCAACAAACAUUGCGGAUCGAGCAUUGGGGAGUUGGGGAGUCUUGAAGAUAUUGGGGGGAAGCUCACUAUUACGAAGCUCCAAAAUGUCAAAUCUCCCACCGAUGCUUUGGAUGCAAGGUUGAAGGAUAAGAAGCAUCUUACGAAUUUGGAGUUGAAAUGGGACCCUACAACUGGCAAUAUUUCAGAAAGUGAUCAAAUAACUGUAUUGGGGAAUCUCCAACCCAAUACAAACUUGAAAAGUCUCACUAUCGACAAUUAUGGUGGUAAAAGCUUACCGGAUUGGCUCGCUCAUCCUUCAUUCUCUAAGAUAGUGAAUCUUUAUCUCCGUAAUUGUAAAUAUUGCCACAUCUUGCCAUCAUUUGGACAACUACACUCUCUCCAGACGCUCUCUAUCAUUGGCUUUCAUGGAAUUGCUAGAGUGGGUAUGGAGUUCUAUGGUAGCGGUUCUUCUACGUUUAAGCCAUUCGAAGCCUUGAAAGUUCUAAAGUUUCAAGACAUGCCAGAUUGGGAAAACUGGCUAUGUUUUGAUUCUGAAAAUGAAGGUGAAGCUACUUUUCCUCGUCUUGAAGCGCUUCAUAUUAUUAAGUGCCCCAAGCUAACAGGAGGGUUGCCCAUCCAUCUUCCUUCUUUAGCCAGACUUGAGAUUGUUGAAUGUUCGCAGCUGGCGGCCUCACUUCCAGACUUGAGAUUGGAGUUAAUAAAUGUUAACGAGGUUCUGUUAAAUGAAUUGCCAUCUGGAUUUCAUAAACUAGUGCUUAAAGGAUCUGAUGCAUUACGGUCCCUACCGGAGGGAAUGAUGGAUUCCAGCAGUCCUCUUCAAGAAUUGAAAAUUGAUGGUCUACCCUCCACAUUAAAAAGUCUUACGAUCUCAAACUGUAAGAAGUUAGAAUUCCCAGUGCACUUCAACUAUUCAUCCCUCAAAGAGUUAUACUUGGAAAAUAGUUGUGAUUCUCUUAGAUGCUUCCAUGUAAACUUAAUCGCAAAGAUCGAUAUUUUCACCAUCAAUGGAUGUGAGAAUCUGGAGUCUCUUAUUAAUUCAGAACAACAUGAAAACGAUUUAGCCGCCUCGAUUAUAAGAAUCAAGAAUUGCCCUAAUUUCGUAUCAUUUCCGGAUGGAGGAUUGCGCGCCGAAAAAUUGAAAACAUUUGAGAUAAGUAGUUGUGGGAAUUUAAGGUCAUUACCUGACAAGAUGCACCUACUCCUUCCAUCCCUGGAGUCACUAUCGAUCAGAUACUGUCCAAUGUUGCAACCAUUCGGUGAAGGGGGCUUGCCUACCAAUUUAAAGUCACUAUCGAUCGAAAAAUGUCCAAUGCUGCAAUCAUUCGGUGAAGGGGGCUUGCCUACCAAUUUAGAGUCACUAUCUAUCUAUGAGUGUCCAAUGCUGCAAUCAUUCGGUGAAGGGGGCUUGCCUACCAAUUUAAAGUCACUAUCUAUCUUUUACUGUCCAAUGCUGCAAUCAUUCGGUGAAGGGGGCUUGCCUACCAAUUUAAAGUCACUAUCGAUCGAUAACUGUCCAAUGCUGCAAUCAUUCGGUGAAGGGAGCUUGCCUACCAAUUUAGAGUCACUAUCUAUCUAUGAGUGUCCAAUGCUGCAAUCAUUCGGUGAAGGGGGCUUGCCUACCAAUUUAAAGUCACUAUCGAUCAGAUACUGUCCAAUGCUGCAAUCAUUCGGUGAAGGGGGCUUGCCUACCAAUUUAGAGUCACUAUCUAUCUAUAAGUGUCCAAUGCUGCAAUCAUUCGGUGAAGGGGGCUUGCCUACCAAUUUAAAGUCACUAUCGAUCAAAUUCUGUCCAAUGCUGCAAUCAUUCGGUGAAGGGGGCUUGCCUACCAAUUUAGAAUCAAUUUCCAUCGUACGUUGUGACAAGCUCGUUGCCUGUCGAACGACAUGGGGUCUACAAAAACUCCCCUCUCUUCAAGAAUUGUCAAUCUGGGGCAAUUGCGAAGAUGUGAAGUCUUUUCUAGAGCUGGAUUUGCUGCCCAUGACUCUGACCAGACUUACCAUCUCUGGAUUUUCAAAUAUGACCUCUCUAGACGGCCUUCAACGCCUCACCUCUCUUGAGUAUAUGGAGAUCUAUAAUUGUCCUAAUCUGAAGUUCGUGCCAAAAGAUGGGUUUCCUGCCUCCAUUUAUUCUCUAGAUAUCCGCGGAUGUCCACUAUUGGAGAAACAGUUGCAAAAUAAAAAAGGAAAAGAAUGGCGCAAGGUUGCUCACAUCCCCAACAUAGAGAUUGGCUUCUAAUACAAGGCAAACAUAUGAACUACAAGGGGAUGGCAGCGAGUGUACAUUCAACUUUCAAAGUUAGGUGGCCGACCUUUACCUGUUGCUGAAAUUGAGGAAAUUUCUGUUAAGAGUAGAAACUCUGCUUCUACAACAAAUCAGAUGUUGCUGCCAGGAAAAGCUUGAUCGGUUGUGCAGUUUACAAGGCUUCGGAGAUCCUCAAGUCUUUCCCUGCCUCAGACUCGAACUCAAACUGCGGGCAACAACAACAAAUGACAGAUAAUCUCCUAUAUGACAUGGAUACUGCUACUAGUCCUUCAUCCUCUGAUUCAAACUCGAACUCAACCUGCGGGCAACAUCCAGAUGUUCCUUUUGCUAAAAUUGAUGAAGUUUUUGUGAAGAACAGCAACUCCGAUUCUACAACAAACCAGAUAUAAUCAACACCAGCAAAAGCCUCAGGUUCCAAAUUUCUUCUAUAGGGCCAAAGCAGGUAGCUGUUGAGAAAGAGUAAAAUGCGAUAUCAAAGGAUAUUGCAACUCCUCAGAAGAGAUGGAUAUAAUCAUUUGGUUGCAGAAGAUAUAGAGGUGGAAGAGUUCAAAACAUUUCUGCAGUUUGGAUAUGAGAUGUGUGAUGGUUGGGCCAUGGCAUGAUGUGAUUCCUGAUCACUAAGGAAUCACACUCUUUCAUAUCAUCAACUGGAUAUUACAUAUUUAUAGGUUUCAGACUUGUCUCUUGUAAUUUUUUGUCUGUAUUUCUUUCUCACAACAAGCAAUAGACCAACUUGAAGAUCACGACCAACCAGCAAGAGACCAAUCUACGUACAGAUGAAGUCAGAUAAACCAUUUCCAUUGUAUGUAUUCAAAAAAUAAUACGAUCGAUCGAUGUGGGACACGCUCCUUCCAGACAUCCAAACCAAACCCACGCUGCCAUCUUCAUUGCUCCUCCUCUUCAUUUUUCAUUUCUUGAUUUAUUCUGGAAAACAUUAGAAGUUAGAAAGUGGGAAAUGCAGGCAGUGGGGUGCUCCGUAUGGUGAAUCUGGUCAUGACUUAGGGUUUUUCUAAGUUAUUCGAGAGCGGCGUUGCGUGGGAAAUCAGAUCUCGGAAGAGCAAGGCAGAAUUAACAUCCUAACUCAAGAUUAUACUCAUGAAGAUGGUAAUUAAGCAUCUGUCAUUUCCUUCAGGUAUUUGUUUCCUAUUAUCUUCUCAAAGAUUGUCCCCUCGAGUUUUUCAAAGCAAAAGAUUUUACGAGAGUUGUAGGGACUACCAUUGUUCAUUCUAUAGCUAUGGAUCGAAGAGAUAGAAAAUACAUUGUAUGUUGCAGUGGGAGAAAAUGUGAAAGAGAGCAGAGCAAUCCUGUUGUGGGCAUUACAAAACUCUGGAGGAAAAAAGAUUUGCAUCAUUCAUGUUCAUCAGCCUGCACAGAUGAUCCCCUUCAAAUGUGGGAACAGUUUGGGGGUAUUGGAGGGUGAGCAAGUUCAAGUUCAUGCCGUAAAAGUUGGGCUGGAGAACAAUGUGUUUGUUACCAAUGCAUUGAUUGGGAUGUAUGCGAAUUGGGGCUUGGUUGAGGAGGCAAGAAGGAUGUUUGAUUGCACCAUGGAGCGGGAUAAGUAUUCAUGAAAUAUUAUGGUUGGUGGGUCAGGUGAUAUGGAUUGAGCUCUGGAGUGGUUUGAUCGAAUGCCUAAACGAGAUGUUGUAUCAUGCAGUACCAUCAUAGCUGGUUAGGUCCAGGUAACUGUAUUUGAAAAAAAAAAAAAAUGACUACCUCGUAUGCAUGCUUUGCAAAUGUUUUUUUGACACCUUGGUCAAGAAUGUUGUUGCAACGCAUUGUUUUCCUUUUCAUUUCAGAACAAUAAGCCCCAUUGUUUACAAAUUACCUUUGCACCUCUAGAUUCUAGCAUUGUCAAUUUGUGGCAAUUGCGAAGAUGUUGAGUCUUUUCCAGAGCUGGAUUUGCUGCCCAUGACUAUGACCAGUCUUACCAUCUCUGGAUUUUCAAAUAUGACAUCUCUAGACAAGAAGGGACUUCAACACCUCACCUUUCUUGAAAAUUUCGUUAUCCGUAACCUCCCAAGGCUAAAGUUCACACCAGAAGAGAGAUUGUUUGACUCCAUUUCUACUCUGAUCCAUCUUUCCAUCUCUGGAAUUCCAACUAUAACAUCUUUGGACAACUUGGGCAUUCCACGCCUCACCUCUCUUGAGCAGAUGGAGAUCCAUGAUUGUCCUAAUCUGAAGUUCGUUCCAAAAGAUGGGUUUCCUGCCUCCAUUUCUACUCUAGCUAUUUUCAGAUGUCCACUAUUGGAGAAACAGUUGCAAAAUAAAAAAGGAAAACAAUGGCGCAAGGUUGCUCACAUCCCCAGCAUAAGGAUUAAUUAUGUAUUGAUUUGAAUGGCUUCUACUACAAGGCAAACAUAUGAACUACAAGUGGAUGGCAGCGAGUGUACAUUCUACUUUCAAAGUUAGGUGGCCAACCUUUAACUGUUGCUGAAAUUGAGGAAAUUUCUGUUAAGAAUAGCAACUCCGCAUCUACAACAAAUCAGAUGUCGCUGCCAGCAAAAGCUUGAUCGAAAAGUCGUUAAUUAAAAUAGAGUAUUGAUUUUGAUAAGGUAUUUCAUAUUAUGGUUAUGGACGGAAAGCCGUAGUGAAAGCAAGUUUAUGCACCUUCUUGGCAUUCAACAGAAGUUUGGCUACGGAGGAUUGCUAAAGCUCAUGUCCUUGCCCAUGACUCUGGCUAUCACCAGCUUGUUAGUCACUGGUGGCCAACCUUUACCUGUUGCUGAAAUUGAGGAAAUUUCUGUUAAGAAUAGAAACUCUGCUUCUACAACAAAUCAGAUGUCACUGCCAGCAAAAGCUUGAUCGGAUAUAUUGAGGUGGAAGACUUCAAAAUACUUCUACAAUUUGAAUAUGAGAUGUGUGACCACGUUUUCUAAAAUGAUGCUUGGGGGAAAUAUGCAAGCGGCUGGUACAUAUUCAUAGGUUGUGCACUUCACAAGGCUUCGAAGCCUCAAGUCUUUCCCUGCCUCAGACUAACUCAAACUGCGGGCAACAACCACACAUGACAGAUGAUCUCCUAUAUGACAUGGAUACUGCUAUUAGUCCUUCAUCUUCUGAUUCAAACUCGAACUCAACCUACGGGCAACAUCCACAUGUUCCUUUCGCUAAAAUUGAUGAAAUUUUUGUGAAGAAUAGAAACUCCGAUUCUACAUCAAACCAGAUAUAAUCAACACCAGCAAAAGCCUCAGGUUCCAAAUUUCUUCUCUAGGGCCAAAGCAGGUAGCUGUUGAGAAAGAGUAAAAUGCGAUAUCUAAGUAUGCAACUCCACAGAAGAGAUGGAUUUAUUCAUUCAGUUGCAGGAGAUAUAGAGGUGGAAGAAUUCAAAAUAUUUCUGGAGUUUGGAUAUGAGAUCUGUGAUGGUUGGGCCAUGGCAUGAUGUGAUUCCUGAUCAUUAAGGAAUCACACUCUUUCAUAUCAUCAAGUGGAUAUUACAUAUUAUGAAAUAUUAUGAAGGUAUGUAUAAAGGUUUGCCUUGUGACCAGAAUAUUAUGAAAUUGAAUAUAUCUAUAGCCUCUCAAUGUAAAUGUUGCAAACUUUCUGAUUGUGAAUCAUUCGCUUCUAAAGGGAGAGAUUCCUACUUAUGUCUGGAAUUUUUUUCAAGUUGCUCUAGACCUGAAACUUGGGCCAAAUAGGACAUGGACAGGUAAAAUACAACAAUGGUUAUCUAAGGCUCAGGCAGUUUCUCAUAUCAAUGUUGUGAUUGGAAUUCUUUCCACUAUAAUUAGCUGGUUUCUAUGACUAUACAGAUGUAGCUCGCAUGGAGGGGGUUACUAAAACUAGGGAGCAAGUGUGCUAUAAGAUCAAGAGAUUUCUGGUUCAAAUUAUACAUACAAAAACGAAUAAACCAUUCAUCAAGUGUUGAGAUGGUGCAGUUUUACAACAACUAGGCCUUCUAGCAAUGCCUGUCAAGAAUAAGGAAAUUCAGAUUUUGAAAUGGAUCUGCCCGAAACAAGAUUUUGCUAAACUAAACGUUGAUGAGAGUAGCAGUGGCAAUCCAGGAAGAAGUGGAGGUGGAGCAAUCCUGAGAGAUGUGGAGGGGCAUAUGAUUUUUGCUUUUGUCAGAUAUUAUAGUAUAAGUUCAAACAAUAUUGCUGAGAUCCGAGCCCUAUUAGAUGGUCUUACUUUAUGUGCAUAGAGAAAUAUAACUCACAUCGAAAUUGAAACUAAUUCUAAGCUUGUAGUUAAUUGGUGGGAAAAGGGUGGGUUAGUCUCUUGGAGGAGUCAAAUGUACUAAAAUGAGGCAAAAAUGCAGGCUCGCUUGAUAGUGGUAAGGAUCUAUCAUUCUUUUAGGGAAACGAAUUACAUCUCAAACAGAUUAGCCAAGCUAGGCUCCAGCGGUCAAGAGGCAAUCUUUGAGAAUAAUAAUCGCCUUCCAAAAGACAUUCCGGGAGCUAUUCAACUUGAUCAAGCUUGUUUACAUGUAAUUUGAUAUAGAUAAAAUAUUUUAUGCAGGUUAUUUUAGAUUUUGUUAUUUUUUUCAGGUAUGUAUGUAGUUUUGAUUUUGAUUUUGAUUUAUAUGCUUAUUUUAGUAUAUUGUAUAGUGUUUGAGUUAUUUUAUAUUUUAUUUUGAUGCUUGGGUUUGGAUUUUAUAAUUAUAUGUAGCCCCCAGGUGUUCGGUUGUAACCAUGGUAUUCUUUUGUCGUAAGCGAGGGCUAUCAAUAAAAUUAGGGUACCGUCCUCUUCUUAUAUAAAAAAAAGAAGUGGAUAUUACGUAUU